AUGUCGACGAUCACCUCUCUUCUGCCGCCCACGCUCGCGUUAAGUGGCGACGGCGCUAUCGAAGCCAUUUUAACGGACAUCCCAUUAUUUUGUGAAGGUAUAAUGGGCAUUGGAGUGUUCACCUUUCUGUUCAUCGUGAAACAGGUCAAACUCCUGUCUGUCUUCCUAUAUGGAUCGUCUUUUUUGGCCUUCGCUGCAGCGAUUUUAGAUUUGAGUCAAGUGCUCGCCAGAGGGACCGAAAAUGCCGCGAGAGGAGUUGGACUCGACACAGUUACCGGGUUCAUAUACGCGCGCGAAGUCUUUCUUUCCCUGUCGAUUGGAUUUCUCAACCUCUUCUUCUGGAAGUUGGUUGCACGUUGCCCGAAGGACGAAUGUGCCCCCAAUGUCAAUGAGCUAUCCACAAGCCGGAAGCGACCCAAGAUUCAUAGCGCCAGCUGGAACCGUUGGGGUCCCGUUGGGACUCUCCUUAAGUAUGGUUCCUUAGGCGCAUUGCUCGCGGUCCCACUCUUGCAAAUGCUCUGGAGAUUGAUGCCCAAUGAACGCAAAUAUGGAUCCAUAUACGUUGCCGAAUCGACCGUACAAACCACCGUCACUAUCAUCUUCAUUCUAAAAUUCAUCCUCAACGUAUACAUAUCCCCUCUCGACUCCUGGUGGCUCGCUUUUCGGCCAUACGCUGUGCCAAUCUUGGCCCUUGUCAUCGGCACUACUCUUGGUGUUGGUAACCUGGUACUUUUUCCAUUCACCGAAACCUCCUUGGGCCGAUUUCUCCGCGCUGUUGAAGUCUAUAUCCUUAUCCUUUACAGCCUUUAUUCUACCUUCCAGAACGUGUCGCGGGUGUCUCCUUCGAUCCCCAGGCCUCAAGACACUGCGGUCGUCGACAUCUCGAAGUCUGAAAAGUCGCCUCUCGACAGCGCUCUGCCCACAAGCUACUCAAACGGAGGCUACGCUCCUUAUUCUAGAGAUCCCUCGAAUGUAGCGAAUACCUACGGGAGGAUUGCACGGGAUCCGCUGGCGCCUAACCCAGUAUCAUGGAUUGCCUCGCCUCAAGAAUCCAUUCCUAUUCAGAUAAUCUCGCCAGACUCUAACAAGGAACGCGAAGAAGACGUCGCAACAUUCGCAACAAGAGCGACAAUGGAUGCCCCUCGUUAUACGGACCUACCCGGGAACAACUCACGUUCGCGGCUCGCGGCUCCUAGCGCCCCAUCUGGUCCCAGGAGACAGGAACGUGAUCAGGUAACCUCCGAUGACGCUGCUUAUGCUGGAAUGUCGCUGUCGUAUUACGGUGCCGGGCAAAGUUCACCCAAGUCCGAGAACAGGUCGAUCAUGCGGUCUCCAUCUCCUGUCGUCGAAAGUCGGGUAGCGAUACCGACGCUCGUGCCCAAGUCGCCCUCCGUCCAGCCAGCAAGCCAGCAAGGGAGUAUCACCUCGAUAGACGAGCUCUUCCGUCAGCAAAAUGAGCUCGACAGAAGUAUUGCUGCCCUUCGACUGUUCUCCAAUCAUGCGGAGGCGCCGGUUGCUGUUCCUAGCGAAUCCGCUUCAAACUCUGACCAAGGUGCUGCUGACAGCUCAGCCAAUCAGUCACGAAGUGUAGUUGCCGAUUCAGUCGUCACGAACAAGACCGAGUCAAUAUCCAACCGCAGCGAUUUCUCGCUAUCUAUCUUCCCAGAUCCUCCAGUGGUUCCUCGAAACGCCGUCGCCACAAAGUACUCCCAGGAGCACUUAAGGACGGAUUCCAAGUCCAACGACCUCGAGACCUCACCUCCCCAGCGGCCAGGACCUAGAAAUAUUGAGCCUUUGAUCAUACCUCCUGAAACAGCAGCAACCAUGGGUUCAGGACCUGUAUCGCAAUCCGGUCUUACGGAUGCAUUUACCUCUGCAGGUACACAGUAUGAUGUCACUUCGUUCAUUGGAGAUUUGACUGGGCCCUCGAGUGGGUCUCGCAACAACCUGUCCCCGGAUGACCUGGGCUCUGAUACAGACGAGACACCAACGAUCAGAACCGCCGUCGUUGGGAACGCCAUCGUCUUGCGACCUAUGAUUCUCGCAUCCACAAUCAUGUCGGCGUCGUCAACAGAACAGAACGCCCCACAGGCGUUGUCUGCCUCUACUUAUGGUCCUGGAGCAGUGUCACCAGUAACCCCAGAUACCGCGUUGGCUCUUCGACCAUUGUUGCUCGGAACGCGGAAUCCAAAUGCACCUCCAACCUUGCCGGGGAAUAUGGUGCCUCUCGCACAAAGGAGAACGCGGGGAGGAACUCUCCAAGGUGCUCGUCGGCCACUCAUCAGUGGGCCAACUCGAAUACCGAAUGAUGCUCCUCCUGGAGCAUAUGAGCGACCACGACCGCCACCCUUGCUCUUGGAUCAGGAUAGAAAUCGCUCUUAG